AUGGUUGAGGGCAACAGAGGUGUGUUUGGUGUUGAAGUGAAGUCUGUGUUGGCGACUGAAGGAGAUUCGGUCUCUCUACACAUUAGCGUUACAAAAGAACAGAAAAUUGAUGAGAUCGAAUGGCGGUUUGGAAAUAAUAUUCUGAUAGCUAAACUGAACAGAAAUAAUCAUUUGAGCACAUUCUAUGAUAAUGCUGCUAACAGGAGAUUCGGAGGGCGACUGAAGCUGGACAAUCAAACUGGAUCUCUGACCAUCACAAACAGCAGAAGCACAGACUCUGGACUUUAUAAAGUAACCAACACGGACAGCAAAUUACUCUUCACAUUCAACUGUACUGUCUAUGCUCGUCUACCUGUUCCUGACAUCUUCUUGAGCUCUUCUCAAUGUUCUUCAUCCACAUCUUUAUCAGAGCAGUAUUGUUCAGUGGUGUGUUCAGUGUUGAAUGUGAGCACUGUGAGUCUCUCCUGGUACAAAGGAAACAGUUUAUUGUCCAGCAUCAGUACGUCUAAUCUCAGCAUCAGUCUCUUUCUACCUCUGGAGGUGGAAUAUCAGGAUAACAGCACCUACAGCUGUGUGGUCAACAACACCAUCAGCAACCAGACCAUACAUCUGGACAUCAACACACUCUGUCAGCCAUGUUCAGGCCUACUACAAGUGCUGCUCUGUGCUGCUGCUGGAUGCUUGAUUCUAGCUCUGCUCGUGAUCUUUGGCAUCUGCAUGAAGCAAAAGAAAACAGCCCAAAAAGUUGAGACUCGUGCAGAAGAGAUCACAUAUGCUGAUCCCACAUUCCACAGAAGAAAAGCACCGAAAUCGGGUGUUCAAGAGGAGCCAGAUGUGGAGUAUGCAGGAGUCGCUGUGAGACAUUGA